AAUUUGUUAUUGGACAAUACCCAAUAUAAUGGAUAAGUAUGAUGAAGACAUUUAUGAGAAUCCCUUCUUUACAACACUUCAAAGUGAAUUCAGCCAACUGUAUGAAGAAGCAACUUCGUUAAGAUGCACGCUUUGCAUUCCACAGUAUUCUGUGGUGGAAAAAAAGAAAAUAUCAGAGGAAGAUCUAAGGGAUCAUAUUUUGACAACUCAGGGAGACAGUGGGGUGUGGAAAACAUGGUCUGAUAAGGCUGUGAAAAUAGAAGAAAAUCAAGUUAAGAUAUUCCUGGGUCAGGAGGAAAACAAGGUCAAUAUAUUGUUUGAAGAAGCAUUCUACAACAACAACGAUGAAAGCUACCAAGUUCUCUGCAUUGAAAAUUUCCUUAACAGACCUCAUUCUGCAGGAAGUCAGCAAAAGGAGAAAACAGUUCAAGAAACUAUGCCAAGGUCUUAUGAGCAGUGUAAAGCUUUCCUUUUUGGUAGCCAUGGAGGAAAAAGACUUCAAGACACAUUGGACAGACAAUUGGAUUCAUUUUCUAAACAAUACAGAAAUUUGGCCUCAGAGAAAUUUAUUGUCAUUGUGGAGGUUGCCAGUACUCAGUUUACAAAGGCAAUGCAGACUGUUCUUAAAGAUUCAUCAAUUCGUAGGCGAGUUCAUGAGAACAAGAAAGAAAUGGAUAUGCUGAAGUCCGCAGUUGAGGUGUACAUGAUGGUCUCUAUUCAUCGUGGAUUGUUCCAAGCCAUUCAGACAAACCUGACAGGAGAGGAUGCAGAAGUGAACAGGUGUGCUCGCACUCUGUCAGACAUCAAACUGGAUGACCUGGGUGUCCGCCACGAGUUUAUGUCUAACAUAAGACUGGCCAAGAAAGAAUUACAAAGCAUUAACAAGUUUUCUACUCCUUUGGGUCGACUUCUUUGUCUGAAGAGAGUUGUGUCCAAUCUUAGCACGCCAACUAAAGAUAUGGAUAAGAAAGAUGCAUCAUUGAUGUUGACUACUGAUGAGUUUCUCCCCAUCAUGAUAUACCUCCUAAUCAAGUCUGAGAUUCCAAACUGGAUGGCAAAUCUAAGAUAUAUGAAGGAAUUUCACUUCUCACGAGCUUAUAAUUUUGAUGAAUUUAUGUUUUACUUGACUACUGUGGAAGCAGCUAUUGAACACAUAAGAAGUGGCAUUUUACAGAAAGAGGCCAUCAAGUCAUACUCUCUCAAGAGGAAACAGGUAAACCGCCAGGCUUCAGGCACAACGAAGAGUGUGGAUAGAUUCUUCAGUUAUGUGGAGGGGGGAGAUGAGGCAGCAGUGAGGGCAAUGCUGGGGAAACCCAACACCCCUGGGGAGGAAAUCCUCUUACAAAUGUGUCACCCUCUGUGUUCCUGUAACAAAUGUCACACAUUGUUAAGGCAAAAUCCAACAGAGAAAACCCUGGUUACAGCAUACACACGAGAUGACCAUGGGUACACAGCCCUCCACAUAGCAGCAUUACAUGGACAAGCCCACCUUGUGGACCUUUUAGUUCAGCAUGGAGCAAUAGUCAAUGCCAGUGAUUAUCUGGGCUACACCCCACUACAUCUGGCUUGCCAGAAAGGCUACCAGAACAUUAUUCUUUUGUUGAUUCACUUUGGUGCGGACUGUACCCAGGCUGAUGGUGUCGGUAAUACCCCUCUCCAUCUCUGUGUAGACAGUGGACAUGAAGAUUGUGUGAAGGCUUUAGUGUUUACUGAUAAAGUCAGGACUAAACUUGAAGUGAAUGCUCAGAAUAAUAGAGGGGACACUCCUCUUCAUUUGGCAUCAAAGUGGGGAUAUGAAUCUAUCAUCCAAAUACUGUUGGACAGUAAAGCCAGGACAGACAUUAAAAACAGAAAGAAACAGACUCCAUACAAUAUAGCCCAUAAUGUCCACAUACAGAGGAUAUUUCAGGAGUACGACUCAACACCCACAGUGCUGAUAGAAAGACAAAAAUCUGAGUCCCUGGUAGAUUAUGAGGUUGUAAAAGUGAUCAAGCCCCACAGGGACCUGGUACACCACCCUCCAGAGUCUCCGUCCUCACCCCCAAAACUGUUUACACCUGAAGUGGCCUCCCUUGACCAGGCCAAGAACCAUAGAAUUAAUUUGCUUUUCAGAGCCAUAGAAAAUGGAGAUGUCCCACUGGUCAUGUUUUAUAUGAAGUGGGAUAACUCUGCCCCAGAGACUGGUUCCCUUUCUCCCUCCCCCAGUAGUGAGCUGUGUCAUCCACUCUGUCAAUGUCCAAAGUGCUCAGCUCUCCAACAGGGUUCUGCUCCAUCAGAAAAUGCUUUAAAUGUGAACAUAACAGAUGAGAAAUUGUUCAGACCUCUUCAUAAAGCCUGCCAAGCUCAAAAUCUUGACCUUGUCAAACUGUUCAUCAACAAAGGUGCUCAAGUCAAUGUUCAUACUAAGAAAGGGAUAACUCCACUACACUUGGCUGCCAUUAAUAAAAGUACUCAGAUUGUCCUUCACCUCCUGAAGCACAAUGCCAAGGUCAAUGCCAGAGACAAUUACGGUGACACCCCUCUACAUCUGGCCUGUUACAAGAGUUGUAAGGAUACAGUAGACUGUCUAUUAAUGUAUCAGGCUAAAGUAAAUAUAUCAAACUCCAUUGGCAAUACCCCUCUACACAUUGCUGUCAAGACCGGGUAUGAAGCGGUGGUAACGAAGCUGUUGGCGGAGGGAGCGUACCCAUUAGCUAAAAAUAAAGAGGGCCUAACUCCUUUCGAUUUAACAAAGGUUUCUAGAAUCCGUGACCUUCUAAAUGCACAUAUCACAAAGAGACAACUUUCUGCAACCUCUCCUGAGGUAGUAACAAAGAGGGAUUCUAAAGGAUCACCGGAAGCCCCAGACAGUAUACAAAGUUUAUUUGCUGCGUUUGAAGAGAGAAGUCGGGAAAAUUUACAAACCCUGACCUCGUCCAUCAAAAACGUUGAUAGGAGGGAAAGUUUAAAGCAAACCCCAGUUGUUAACGACAGAAGUAGUCCCAACUUGCGUUCUCUCAGACAUUCCUUGUCUAUCCAGAAUUUUGAUUUGAGCGGACUUCGACAUGUUGAGUCAUUGGACAGGAGUGAACCCUUGCAUAUUUAUAGAUUAGUGAUGAAUGUGAAUUCCAAGAAUUCAGAAAAUAGAAUAGAAGCAACUUCUGAAAAUUCCGAAGUUGAAGAUGAUGUGUUUUCAGGAAACAAAAUCGGGGAUGGUCAACAGAUUAAUAUAGAAAGUACUGCAAUUGUGAAUAGUAUACACCAUGACAAAACCGACACAGCUGAACCCCUAUUGACCAACCCUGAUUUGCAAAAAAGUACUCAUGAUCAGCUACAAGGAAGAGAAGAGAGCAACACAGACUCUGAUACAAAUAUUAAUGAAAGUAGUGUUACAUAAAAAAAAGACAUUUUGAUUGUGAAUUAGAAUUUAUUUUUAAGCAGUAGUGGUGAAAUG